UGUAGAUCACAUAUAUGUUACACGUACAACAUAAAAAAUGUUUAAUGAGAGGGUCAACAACAAACCGCAUCGAGUUGUUUAUGUAAAUCGAACAACCCUCGAACCUUGGCAGACAAGAAUAGGCUAACUGAGAAGGCGAUAUGUCAAACACAGCAGCCGAUCGUCACCAACAGUGGCUACAAGAUAUUGCAAGUCGUCUAGGAAAAAAUGCCCGCAAGGUGGCGAGGAGACUGUGUGUCACCGAUGAGGAUAUCGAAAACAUCGACAGUACUCAUAAAGAUAACAGUGAGGAAGCAGCGUACCAGAUGCUAAGGAAAUGGCACCAGAACUAUCGCGGGAACAACCCUAUUGAUACCCUUUAUGAGGCAUUGGUUGAUUGUGAGCUGAAAGGAAUAGCUGAUACAUACCUUUUACGUAGGGUGCAUGGUGUGAUUCAUCGAAAAAGGUGCAAUAUUGCAAAGACGGUUGGCAACUUUGUUACAACAGAAGACAUGAACAAAUGCAAGAAACAUUUGGAAAAUGAAAACAGUAUUGUUCUUACAGGACUAAGUGGAAGUGGAAAAACUGAAAUUGCGAAACGUUACUGGGAAGAUAACCGACAAAAAUAUGAGUGUGGGUGGUUCAUUCACAGUGAAACAGAGGAAAAUAUUCGCAAUGCGCUUGCAAAAUGCAGUAGAAGGUUUCAACAUGUGGAUCCCGACGUAACGUUGCUACUGGAGGAUAUAUGCGAAGAAAUGAAACGAGAAUCUGACAGGAAGUUCUUUAUAAUAUUCGAUGAUGUGUCAUCUGCUACCCAAAAAAUAAUUCAAAAACAUUUCGACACGCGAUUGGCUGAUAAUAUAACCGUUAUCAUAACAACGCAAACAGUCCAACAUGGUAACGAGAACAGCCUAAAAAUUGAAGGUUUCAGCCAAGAAGAAAUGCUUGAACUUUUACGUGAAUUGGAGACGGAAACCUUGAGCAGUAAAGUUAAACUUUGGAACGAAAUGGGUCGAUUGCCGUGCGCCCUUGUGUGUGCAGUGUACGAUAUUAACAAACAGAAAACGACAAUCGAACAAUAUCUAAAAGCCGUAAACGACGUAGAUACAAAUCCUAUGAUCGAACAGAGAACACUAAACGCACUUGGAUCAGAUUACAACACACGAGGAUUCGUAAAAGCCCACGUUCAAAGUGUGAAAAGUAUGAUGAAAGAAAUAGAAGAAGAAUUUAACGAAGAUAAAGUUCAUGUCGCGAGGGGCCUGUGUCUGGUAUUUAAGUCGAUGGCGUAUAUGAAUUCGAACGCGAUUCCCGUUUUCUUUCUGGUUAACCUACUAUCCAUGAUUUUAGACCAACCGACACCAUUACCCGAGGAAAAGCUAGAGCAAUACAUUAAUCAAUUGAUUGAUAAAAUGCAAAAUCGAUGGUUUGUAACCAUAUUCAAAGAAGAUUCAGACCGAUAUUUGGACAGUCACGAUUUGGUUAAGUUAGCUACUCGAAUGCAAGUUGAUGUUGACUCUCGAAAUGAACCGCUUGAAAAACUGUUCAAAGCGUUACUAAGUUGUUUUGCCAAGGAUACAGGAUUCAUGGCGUACUUCAAAACAAACGCCGCACUUUUACCUCACGUCGAAGAGGCCUUGGACCGUGUAGAACAGCUAAGGCACGAUGAUCCUACUAAAAUGCAACGUCCUUAUCUCACGUUGAUGGAAAUUGGUCUGUCGGAUGUACUUGGAAAUGUCUACGCUAAAACCGAACGGGAAGAGCAAUCUGAGAAAAAGUUGGAACGAGCAGUUGAUCUGUUCUUCAGACUUAUUGACGCAAAUGACAAAUGUUUACAAAGUGGUUCGGAUUUUGAGGCAAUAGCUCAAGACUUUUACCAAAAAUUGCAGAAAUUGGUCACUCAAAAUGAGGAUGUAAACGUCCUGUCUAACUUCGUCGUAGGGUUAGUUCUAAAUAAAACCGACGUUGAGCAACUGAGACGUAUUGCUGGAGACAUCAAAUUCCCAGAGCGUGGGUCCCAGUUUCUAGUUGAUGUUGAUACGUACCACACACUAGUUGAGCACGGCGUUGCACUUCCUGAAAAGCAAUUGAAGCGAAUGUACCUUCCAGAGCUUUUUGCCUCUGUCCUCCAUGAGUACGGAAGAUUAUACUUGAAAAAUGCAGAAAAGUACGAGAACAUCAAAGAUAUCAAACGCAUAAAGAAGUUCAAAUCAGCCAUAAAAUUGUCGCACGCUAUAUGUCAAGUUAUUACCGAAAAUACCAAGGUCCACGUGCUCCACACAAUUCUCACUAAACGCAAUGCAUUGUUGCAUGGUUAUUCGGAAGAUGCAGAUGAUGAUGGCAAAGCAAAACUGCCAGAACACAGGCUAAUCGAUUUGUACAAAGGGAAGGAAAAAUACGAAGAGCUUCUCAAAGAAGCCGUUGAUAAAACAUGGUUCCAGCAUGGUAUAAUGAAGUUAGGCAAAGACGAUCCUCACCACAGCUGCAAAUGUAGAAGAAAGCUUUUAUACAUAUGCAUGAAAUUGCUUAAUCUCGAGGUGGAUCAGUUGAAACUGGAGGAGAUCGAGUCGUAUGGAAUCGAAUGCGUGGAUAGAUUGAAGAAAGAUAUGGCAUCUCAAGAGGAAACUAUGAUGUUGGAGAGAGGAGCAGAUUACCUUUUUGUUUGCGCGGAAUUCAAUCUAGCCAGACAUGCAUUUAAAGAUGCCAUCGAUGACUACAGAGAUGCCAUCCAGAGAUAUAAGAACAGUGCAAUACCCACAUGGAAGAAGUAUUUCAAGGCUGUUAAGGGUAUGAUCAACGCUACACAUUGUUGGAAAGAAACAUGUAAACCCGAAGAUCCCGAAGAUGUAUCCAAGGCUGUUCAGCUAGCGAAGGAAGAAGCCGAAAAAUUCAAGUUAAGCUCCCCAAAUAACUACGACGACAGUAUAAACAAAUGCCUUAAAGACUUUGGCAUGAAUUUAAACUAAUGCUAUAUACAUGUGAUUGU